AUGAGUACUUUAGCGGAAGUUUAUACUAUUAUCGAGAACGCCGAACAGGAAUGUCGAAAAGGAGAUUUUGCUAAUGCUAAAACAAAGUAUCAAGAAGCCAUUGAAGUGUUAGGCCCGCAGAACGAGAAUUUGUCUCAAAAUAAAUUAAGUUCUGACGUUACGCAAGCCAUUUAUUUAUUAAAACAGGACAUUACGGCCAAAAUCCAAGAAUUGGAGCUUUUGAUUGAAAAGCAAUCAUCGGAAGAGAAUAAUAUUGGAAUAGUUAACAACAAUACGCUUAUUGGCUCUGUUAUUUUGAACAACAAAUCUGCGAUAAAUGGAAUAAAUAACACCAGGAAUUGGGAUAACUCAGUUUACCAGGACACGUUAAACCCCAUAAACGAUCCAGUUCUUAUGUCAAUUUUAAACCGCUUGCAAUUCAAUUUGAAUAAUGACAUUCAGUUGAAAGCGGAAGGGGGAAAGAAUUCCAAAAACUUGGAAAUGAAGAUCAAUUUAAGACUUGAACAAUUCAAAAAGGAGUUGGUAUUAUAUGAGCAAAAAAAAUUCAAAGAAUACGGCAUGAAGAUUGACCAAGUUACGAAAGAGAACAGAAAAUUGGCCAAUGAAAUUGGACGAUUGAGGGAGCGCUGGGACAGCUUAGUAGAAAGUGCGAAGCAAAGGAGGGAUAAGCAACAAAACUAG